GGCCCGACAGCGGGCAUCGGGUCACCAGGCAUGACAGCGGGCACUGGGUCACCAGGCAUGGGAUUGUCUGGCUCGACAGCGGGCAUCGGGUCACCAGGUAUGACAGCGGGCACUGGGUCACCAGGCUACAGGUCAUCUGGCUCGCCAGCGGGCACCGCGUCAUCUGGCAAGGCAGUGGGCACCGAGUCACCAGGCACGACAGUGGGCUCCGAGUCAACUGGCAUGACCGCGGGCACUGGAUCAGACAUUGGAUCGUCUGGCCCGACAGCGGGCAUCGGGUCACCAGGCAUGACAGCGGGCACUGGGUCAUCAGGCAUUGGAUCGUCUGGCUCGACAGCGGGCAUCGGGUCACCAGGCAUGGGUCAUCAGGCAUUGGAUCGUCUGGAUCGACAGCGGGCAUCGAGUCAACUGGCCUAAUGGAAUCAUCAGGCUGGAUCAGCUGGGUAGAGGCAUCAGGCUGAAUUGUGGGCGCCGAGGCACCAGGCUGCACGGAAGGCAGGUUCUCAGAUGGGAGGCUGACCGGUUUGGAUACUGGCA